AUGGAUCCUGCACGACGGGCCGAGGUCGAGAAGAGCCUCAAGCGGAAACUUGAUCUGCGCUGCUCGCUUUUCAUCCUCAUCUACAUCAUGAACUACCUGGAUCGCAACAACAUUGGUGCUGCUCGUCUCAAGGGCCUGCAGGCAGAUCUCAACCUCGACGACACCCAGUAUGCGACGUGUCUCAGCAUCCUGUAUGUUGGAUACAUUCUCAUGCAGGUCCCGUCCAAUAUGUUCAUCAACCGCAUCACCCGCCCCUCACUGUACAUCUCUUGCGCCAUGGUCGUCUGGGGUCUCAUCUCGACCCUGUCCGGCGUCGCCAAGGACUUCAAGGGCCUGGUUGUGAUCCGCUUCUUUCUGGGCUUCGUCGAGGCUGCAUUUUUGCCUGGAGCUCUGCUCAUCCUGUCCAAAUGGUACACGCGCCGCGAACUGACCACCCGCAAUGCCCUCCUCUUCUGCGGCAACCUCAUCUCCAACGCCUUCUCCUCGUUGGUCGCGGCUGGCGUUCUGUCAAAUAUGCAGGGUGUCUUGGGCCACGCCGCGUGGCGAUGGCUGUUCUUCAUUGAGGGUGCUGCCACAAUGGCCAUUGCCCUGUCAGCCGCCUUUAUUCUGCCUGAUCUGCCGACGAAUGCGCGCGGCUUCACUGAGGAGGAGAAGCAGGUUGCUCAGCUGCGUAUGCUGGAGGAUGUCGGCGAGGCCGAUUCGGAUUCCAACGAGCAGGGUGUCUUUGAUGGCCUCAUCAUGUGCGGCAAGGAUAUCAAGGUGUACCUCAUGAUGCUUACGCUGACGGCGUACGUCGUUGGUCUUUCGUUCAACGCCUUCUUCCCUACUUUGACUGGAACCCUUGGCUUUGCCUACGUCCCCACACUCCUGAUGAGCUCUCCCCCUUGGGUCUUUGCCUGUCUCGUCUCCCUCGCCGUGUCCUGGAACGCCGAUCGAACACAAGAAAAGUUCUGGCACAUCACUGUCCCCAUCAUCAUGGGCAUCAUCGGUUUCGUCAUCUCCAUGUCUACGCUCAACGUCGCCGCCCGCUAUGUUGCCCUCUUCCUGCAAGCCAGUUCCUACGCUGGAUUCAUCGUCUUCUACAGCUGGAUCAGCUCCUCGUUCCCCCGUCCUCCCGCCAAGCGUGCCGUUGCCAUCGCCAUGGUCAACGCUUUCAGUCAGCUCGGAAACGUCGCCGGUUCGUACGUCUGGGACCUGUCCGACAACGGCUACCGCAAGAGCUACGGCAUCGUCUUGGCCAUGUUUGGAGUUACCAUUAUUGGCAACUUUUUGUUCAAGAUGAUCCUGAGCAACCUCAACAAGAAGCUUGAGGAGGGCGAGAUGGUCUGGGAGGCCAAGCCGGAUGUUAUGGAGAAGACUGCGCAUGCCGAGAUGGAGGAUAUCGACGAGGCUCUGCGGAUGAGAAAGGGAUUCCGAUACCUCGUCUAA